AUGUCAGCAGACACAACAUUUAUUCAAACAUUUGAUUUAAAUAAAUUAAAUGAAGAGGUUACAAAAAAAUUAGAUGAAAAUCCAUUGCAAACAAUAGCUCCAAUAGGCUUUACUGGUAAAAGUGAAGACAAAAAUGACCUAUAUAAUCCAGUUGUUGAUGCCCUCGAUAUUAAUGUUGCUACUCUAUAUACACCCAUUAGUGAUUUAGAGUUAAGUGUUUCUUCAGUAAUUGGCUGUAUCCCAGAAGUUGGAGCUUUAUGUCAAGGUUUUUUUUCAGUAUUUAUGUCUCGUACUAAAGAAGAAACUUUAACCAAAGAUGUUGUUGAAAAAAUCAUUAAUGAAAAAAUUGCAAAGUUUAAAGUUGAAUUAGAACAUAUUAUUGAUCAGAAAAUUUCUAAAUCAGAAGCUGAGCAAUAUAAAACUAUCUGUGAUAAGGCUUUUAAAGGUUUAUGUAACUCAUCAUUGGAGCUAUUAAUUGAUGACUUAAAUAUCCUCAAAAAAAAAUUAUUAUUAAAAGAAAAGGUAAACCCCACUGAUGGAUUUAUGGUUGGUUUAAGAGGCAAGUAUAAAUUAAUUAAAUAA